CAUGUACCCGCUCGCAGUGUCGCACGCCAAAUGGCCAGCGCCGAUAUCCGUCACAAUUCAAGUUUCCCGCGACCGCGCAAGUCGAGUAGCAUGAUGGGCCAGACCAUGAGCGUUGCACCGCCCGUCCUCGACGACAACAAUUCUAGUUUGCUGCCGGUGCUCGAUUGGCACAGCCUCGACAGCCACAGCCCGCUCUACCCGUACUUUGCCCACGUCUACUUUGGUGGCGGCGACCUCUUUCUCAACAAGGCCGACGUCAUGGCAUUCGUCCGCGCCUUCUCCGACCAAGUGGCCUACGAAGGCAACGAGAUGGACGCGUUCGACGUCGACGACGGGUUCGAAGCGCUUGCGAGCGAGAGCGGUCGACCAGGCUACGUGCGUCUUUUAACGCUCAUCGAAGAGCUCGGCCUCCUCGUCAGCGACUGAGACUUUGCUCAUUCCGCUCGCACCAACUAUCUAUCUAACAGUGUACACUAUCUACUAACUAGUAUUCGUUUGCUCUCUG